AGUUUCAUUUCUUGGGAUGUAGCUUGCCAAUUAUCCAAGCACCAUAUGUUGAGUAGGGUGUCCUUUCCCCACUUUAUAUCAUUGUUUGCUUUGUCAAAGACCAGUUGGCUAAUUAUCAGGAGUCGGCGCCGUGGCAGCUUCGGGAUAACUUGAGGGUGCAUCCUGGGGAAGAGACACCUCCUGUCCGUGGUGCUGACUGCUGAGGACAGCGCUUCGGCGUGGCUUCUCCAUGGCCCAGCUUCUUUGGUGCAUUUUUCUUUCAUGGUUCAUCCAUAUGGCUCGAAAUGAAAAUUACGUUAGUUUGUUAUGGAUGAAGAGUAUUGCGUUGUGCAGCUAUACUGCAGUUUCCUCAUCCCUUCAUCUGUGGAUGGACAGGUUCCACAGUGUUGCCACGGAUGACCUGAUUUCAGUACCCAUGUCUGGCUGAAGAGUAUCUGGUUGUGACUGGAUACUGCAGUUUCUGGAUCCCAUCCUCUGCGGGUGGACAGGAUGGUAGAGAGCAGUUUACAGCCUGAGACCCAUCACUAGGUGCAGAAGACCCAGGUUUAUCUUGGAACCUGAAGAGGAGAGGAAAUUCAUGGAAAUCAUAGGUUUCUCCAUCUUUCUGGUAGUGAACUGAUGUCCGGAAGUUUGAUGGCUGAAGAGUACACCAUUGUGCAUAUAUCCUUCAAUUCCUGCAUUUUUUCAUCUGUGGAAAGACAACUUCUAAGGAGUGAAUUUUCAGUGCAUUGUUGUUGUUCAAGUACAAGCAGCCACUUCAGUUUUACCACAUUCAUCUUCCACACACUGAUGAACCAUAUGGAGACAGCAGGAACUUCAGUAGAACCAGAGGGAGUAGUUAGGACAGACAUUCUGAUUCAUUCAUUCUGAUUCUCACUAUUGUCAAGAACAGACCCUCCCAGUCUUCAGUGCAUUCUAAAUACUGGCUAAUUCUGGCCAAUGGAAGGCAUCUGUGGAAGAAAAAAGCCUCAGGUUUUUGGGGAACAGGCGGUGUUUGAUUAUAUGAACUGGAAGAGCUGGGGUGUUCUCAGGAGCCACCGUGUGCCGCGGCAGCUUCGGGAUAACUUGAGGCUGCAUCCUGGGGAAGAAACACCUCCUGUCCGUGGCGCUGACGGCUGAGGACAGAGCUUUGGUGUGGCUUCUCUGCGACUGGCUUCUUCAGGGAGUUCUUCCUUCAUGGUUCCACCGUGUUGCCGCAGAUAACGUGAUUUCAGUACCUGUGUCUGGCUGAAAAGUGUUGGCUUGUGAAUGGAUAUUGUGGUUUCUGGAUCCCAUCCUCUGCGGGUGGACAGGUUUCUCCACCUUGCUGGAAGUGACCUGAUGUCCAGAAGUUUGAUGGCUGGGGAGUAUACCAUUGUGCAAGCAUCCUUCAUUUCCUGCAUUUCUUCCUCCAUGGAUGGACAGCCUCUUUGCUGCUACAUGUGGCCAUUCAAAUGAGCCCUGGCUAAGUACAUGUGGAUAGAAGUUAAUGUUUGCUUCUUGCAAGCCUGGCCCGUGAUUCUAUGUUGUGAUUUAGAACAUAAAGAAGAAGUGAGACUUGCUGAAUGAGACUCUUGAACGCUUCCUCUGACAAGCUCCAAGGCACACUAGUUGUCUUGCAGUGCUUUGGACAGCUACUCAUUUGUUGGACAAUAAUUUCCCAACCUGGGGAUAACCCAGAGCAUUUUCCACGUUCAUAUUUUGCUUCAGUUGCUCAUGGGUUUGAUCAAAGCUAGACAGUGACUGAACCAGGAGGCUCAGACCCCAGGCCAGCAUGGAGUCCUGUGGUUGAAGACAGGCUGGACCAUCAGAGGAAGAAAACAAGUAGCCCUUUUUUCUGGAUUUUCACCUUCUCUGUUUUCAGGAAACCUGAAGCUGGUUAUGUUAUUCAGACAUGACUGAAAAGAGAUUAUUUUGAGUUGUUUUGGUGGCACCAAGAAAUUUGCCAAUGUGACAGCCAAAGCAGAAAGACCAAGGCAUUGGGAGUGGGAGAGCCACUGAUGAUGCUGGGUCUGGUAGGCUUUUCGAGAUCUCCCAGCCCCAAAACAGCCAAGCAGCUCUGUCCUGGGUUGUGAGUGGGCUCAGCCCCUGUGCACACCCAUGCUUGGAUUCUGUCACACAUGGCACCCACAGGAGGCAGCACCCCCUCCAGGAGACUGGUUGGCAGGAUCCUGUCUCCACACGUGAAGACAGCAGGCAGAACCCACAUGUCCUCUAUUUCUCCCAGUGCCAGUCGCCCAUGGGGGUUCACGAUGAGACCCACGGGUCCAACCUGCAGGCAGAGUUGCCACCCCAGCCUGAGGCAAAGUGGACCUUUUUCUGCCAGAGGGGUCUCCUUUCCCAUUGGCCAGAAUGGCCUCAAAUGACAAGGACAGAACAAGGCACAAGUGCCCAUUAGAGUGUCUGAGCCCCCCUGGUGUCUGCUUCCACACAUCUCCUGGGAGGUCCCAGCAGGCACCCAGGCCUGGGCCACAGCUCACCCCACACUCAGAGGUGGGUAGCACAGCUGCCCUGUGCAGCCCUCAGGGAGGAAAGGGAGAAAGAUGACAAAAGCAAGACACAAGAAAUGCAGCAAAGGCACACUAACACACACAUUGACACUCAUCUGGGGCAGGCCAUCCUCUCACCCAUGACCAGCAGUGCAGGCAGCUGAGAGCCAGGCAGGAGGCGGUGCCACCAUCCCGAGUUAGGACUGGAACCAGAGAAGAACACAGAGUCCAUAGAGUCAAGGGCCACUGACCUCAGGACCUGCAGUUUGCAGGGAGGGGAUGCUGUGAGAGAACUGUUCCAGGUCACAGCUAAGUAUGUCUGACUUUAAGAAAAUACUUCAAACCAAAGUACAUUUAUGGAAGACUCUCGAUGAUAUAAAAAAGCACAGUUUAGAAAAUGUGAAAGCAAUCACCGAACAUAUUCAUAUAUUUUCAUCUAAAUUAAGUUAGAGUUUUUCUAAAACUGGGAUCAGGCCAGGUAUGGUGGCUCAGGCCUGUAAUCCUAGCACUUUGGGAGCCUGAGGCAGGAGGAUCGCUUGAGGCCAAGAGUGGAGACCAGCCUGGGCAACAUGAAACAUUUGCAGACACAGAAGGACAAAUACUGCAGCAUCUCACUGACAUGGGAGCUAAAAAAAACUUGAUCCCAUGGACACAGAGAAUACAAUGGCAGUACCAGAGGCCGGGAAGACUGGAGGCUUCUCAGUGGCUUGAAAGCUCAGCUGACUCCCACGAAAUUUGCCGGGAACUCAAGGCUGUCGGUGACAUUUGUGGCGCCAAGACUUAAGCAGAUUGGGAACCCGGAGUUACCUGCUAGUUGGUGAAACUGGUUGGUAAACGCAAUCUGCUGGCUACUACCGGUUUCUCCUGGCUGUUAAAAGCAGAUGGUGGCUGAGGUUGAUUCCAUGCCGGUUGCCUCUUCUGUGAAGAAGCCAUUUGGUCUCAGGAGCAAGAUGGGCAAGUGGUGCUGCCACUGCUUCCCCUGCUGCAGGGGGAGCGGCAAGAGCAACGUGGGCACUUCUGGAGACCACGACGACUCUGCUAUGAAGACACUCAGGAGCAAGAUGGGCAAGUGGUGCCGCCACUGCUUCCCCUGCUGCAGGGGGAGCGGCAAGAGCAACGUGGGCGCUUCUGGAGACCAUGACGACUCUACUAUGAAGACACUCAGGAGCAAGAUGGGCAAGUGGUGCUGCCACUGCUUCCCCUGCUGCAGGGGGAGCGGCAAGAGCAAGGUGGGCACUUGGGGAGACUAUGAUGACAGCGCCUUCAUGGAGCCCAGGUACCACGUCUGUGGAGAAGAUCUGGACAGGCUCCACAGAGCUGCCUGGUGGGGUAAAGUCCCUAGAAAGGGUCUGAUCGUCAUGCUCAGGGACACUGACGUGAACAAGAAGGACAAGCAAAAGAGGACUGCUCUACAUCUGGCCUCUGCCAAUGGGAAUUCAGAAGUAGUAAAACUCCUGCUGGACAGACGAUGUCAACUUAAUGUCCUUGACAACAAAAAGAGGACAGCUCUGAUAAAGGCCGUACAAUGCCAGGAAGAUGAAUGUGCGUUAAUGUUGCUGGAACAUGGCACUGAUCCAAAUAUUCCAGAUGAGUAUGGAAAUACCACUCUGCACUACGCUAUCUACAAUGAAGAUAAAUUAAUGGCCAAAGCACUGCUCUUAUACGGUGCUGAUAUCGAAUCAAAAAACAAGCAUGGCCUCACACCACUGCUACUUGGUGUACAUGAGCAAAAACAGCAAGUGGUGAAAUUUUUAAUCAAGAAAAAAGCGAAUUUAAAUGCGCUGGAUAGAUAUGGAAGAACUGCUCUCAUACUUGCUGUAUGUUGUGGAUCAGCAAGUAUAGUCAGCCUUCUACUUGAGCAAAAUAUUGAUGUAUCUUCUCAAGAUCUAUCUGGACAGACGGCCAUAGAGUAUGCUGUUUCUAGUCAUCAUCAUGUAAUUUGUGAAUUACUUUCUGACUACAAAGAAAAACAGAUGCCAAAAUCCUCUUCUGAAAACAGCAACCCAGAACAAGACUUAAAGCUGACAUCAGAGGAAGAGUCACAAAGGCUUAAAGGCAGUGAAAAUGGCCAGCCAGAGAAAAGAUCUCAAGAACCAGAAAUAAAUAAGGAUGGUGAUAGAGAGCUAGAAAAUUUUAUGGCUAUCAAAGAAGAAAUGAAGAAGCAGGGAAGUACUCAUGUCGGAUUCCCAGAAAACCUGACUAAUGGUGCCACUGCUGGCAAUGGUGAUGAUGGAUUAAUUCCUCCAAGGAAGAGCAGAACACCUGAAAGCCAGCAAUUUCCUGACACUGAGAAUGAAGAGUAUCACAGUGACAAACAAAAUGAUACUCAGAAGCAAUUUUGUGAAGAACAGAACACUGGAAUAUUACACGAUGAGAUUCUGAUUCAUGAAGAAAAGCAGAUAGAAGUGGUUGAAAAAAUGAAUUCUGAGCUUUCUCUUAGUUGUAAGAAAGAAAAAGACCUCUUGCAUGAAAAUAGUACGUUGCAGGAAGAAAUUGCCAUGCUAAGACUGGAGCUAGACACAAUGAAACAUCAGAGCCAGCUAAGAGAAAAGAAAUAUUUGGAGGAUAUUGAAAGUGUGAAAAAAAAGAAUGAUAAUCUUUUAAAGGCUCUACAAUUGAAUGAGCUCACCAUGGAUGAUGAUACCGCCGUGCUCGUCAUUGACAACGGCUCUGGCAUGUGCAAGGCCGGCUUUGCAGGUGACGAUGCCCCGCGGGCUGUCUUCCCUUCCAUCGUGGGGCACCCCAGGCACCAGGGCAUGAUGGGGGGCAUGCAUCAGGAGUCCUAUGUGGGCAAGGAGGCCCAGAGCAAGAGAGGCAUCCUGACCCUGAAGUACCCCAUGGAACACGGCAUCAUCACCAACUGGGAUGACAUGGAGAAGAUCUGGCACCACACCUUCUACAAAGAGCUGCGAGUGGCUCCCGAGGAGCACCCCAUCCUGCUGACCGAGGCCCCCCUGAACCCCAAGGCCAACCGCGAGAAGAUGACCCAGAUCAUGUUUGAGACCUUCAACACCCCAGCCAUGUACGUGGCCAUCCAGGCCGUGCUGUCCCUGUACACCUCUGGCCGUACUACUGGCUUCGUGAUGGACUCUGGUGACGGGGUCACCCACACUGUGCCCAUCUAUGAGGGGAAUGCCCUCCCCCAUGCCACCCUGCGCCUUGACCUGGCUGGGCGGGAACUGACUGACUACCUCAUGAAGAUCCUCACGGAGCGUGGCUAUAGGUUUACCACCAUGGCCGAGCGGGAAAUCGUGCGUGACAUCAAAGAGAAGCUGUGCUAUGUUGCCCUGGACUUCGAGCAGGAGAUGGCCACGGCGGCCUCCAGCUCCUCCCUAGAGAAGAGCUACGAGCUGCCCGAUGGCCAGGUCAUCACCAUCGGCAACGAGCGGUUCUGCUGCCCCGAGGCGCUCUUCCAGCCUUGCUUCCUGGGCAUGGAAUCCUGUGGCAUCCAUGAAACUACCUUCAACUCCAUCAUGAAGUCUGAUGUGGACAUCCGCAAAGACCUGUACACCAACACAGUGCUGUCUGGUGGCACCACCAUGUACCCUGGCAUGGCCCACAGAAUGCAGAAGGAGAUCGCUGCCCUGGCGCCUAGCAUGAUGAAGAUCAAGAUCAUUGCUCCUCCCAAGCGCAAGUACUCCGUGUGGGUCGGUGGCUCCAUCCUGGCCUCGCUGUCCACCUUCCAGCAGAUGUGGAUCAGCAAGCAGGAGUAUGAUGAGUCAGGCCCCUCCAUUGUCCACCGCAAAUGCUUCUAGGUGGACUCUGACUUAGUUGUGUUACACCCUUUCUUGACAAAACCAAACUUCUCAGAAAACAACAUGAGAUUGGCAUGGCUUUAUUUGUUUUCUUAUUUCAUUUUUUGUUUUGUUUUUUAUUGGCUUGACUCAGGAUUUAAAAACCGGAAUGGUGAAGGUGACAGCAGUCGGUUGGAGGGAGCUUCCUCCAAAGUUCUACAAUGUGGCCGAGGACUUUGAUUGUACAUUGUUCUUCUUUUCAAUAGUCAUUCCAAAUAUUGUGAGACGCAUUGUUUCAGGAAGCCCCUUGCCCUGCUAAAAGCCACCCCACUUCUCUCUAAGGAGAAUGGCCCAGUCCUCUCCCUAUUUCACACAGGGGUGGUGAUAGCAUUGCUUUUGUGCAAAUUACAUAAUGCAAAAUUUUUUGAAUCUUCGCCUUAAUACUUUUUAAUUUUGUUUUAUUUUGAAUGAUCAGCCGUCGUGGCCCCCCUCUUUUGUACCCCAGCUUGGGGUGUAUGAAAGCUUUCGGUCUCCCUGAGAGUGGCUGGAGGCAGCCAGGGCUUACCUGUACUCUGACUUGAGGAGAGUUGGAUAAAAGUGCACACCUUAAAAAAAAUUGAGGAAGCACAGUAUUUCAGUACAGUGGACAGCUUAGCAUGUUGACAACUGAGAAUAAAAUGCUCAGUUCUGAACUGGACAGUGUAAGACACAAUGAGGAAACACUGGAAAUGGAAAUUCAAUUACAUCAUUGUAGACUGGCUACUGCUCUACAUGAUUGUGACCAAAGUCAGAUAGCUGAAAGAGACUUCUUUCCAGAGAACAAGACAUGAACAGGUUUAUUUACAGAAGACAAUGAAUUCUCAUUUAUCUCACCUAAAAGAGAACAGAUUCUUUCUCAACAAGUCUAAUGUAGACAGUAAAAUCAACAGGCUAAAAAUUAAGCUCCAUGAAACAAGAUAAAACUCUGAGAGAAAAGACGGGGCAGGCCGCCAUCUUUCCCGUUCAGGCAACUUAGUCAUUCCAGCCUGCGGGCUUUGGAGAGUACAAACCGACGAGGGACAGAAGAGAUCCCAUAGCACAGCAUAGCUGCUUUACCAAAUCAUGGCCAGACUGCUUCUGUAAGCAGGCCCCUGAUCCUGUUCCACCUCACUGGACAGGACCUCCCAACUGAGGCCUCCAGCUACCCCCACCAGCAUUCCUUGGCCAAUGGAAAUGUGAAAUGUUCCUGGGACAGAGCACCCGGAGAGGGGCAGGCCCCCACCUUUGCUCUUUCGGUGACUAGCCAUUCUGGCCUGUGGGCUUUGGAGAUCCCAAGCUGACAAGGGGUGGAAGAGGUACCUCAGCACAGCACAGCCACGCUACAAAAACGUGGCCAGACUCUUGUUUACGUCAGUCCCUGACCACAUUUCUAGUCAGCGGGUGAAGUCUUUCAACCCGGUUCUCUGGCUACCUUGACUGCUGUUCUCUGGACCACAGCAGCCCUACAGAAAAGUGGCCGGACUCUCUACUUGAGGGGCAGAUCCUCCUGGCCUGGGUCUCUAGCCAGCCCACCACUGGAGCUAUCAAGCCAGUAGCAACUCUGCAGUUCCUGGGACAGAGCUUCCAGGAGCAAAUGAAAUCCUUUCUGCCACUGCCUCUGCAGUGGAACUGCCCUUGCUACCCUCAGAAGAUGCAACGGAGCAAAGACCCUAAGUGCCCUAUCAACACCUCCAAUAAGCUGCAGUUGACCCAAAGAACAAGCCAGUCCAUCUCUCACGGGUACCACACACCCUCCACUACUCAUCACCAGACAGGGAACCCUGGCUUGGGCCCACAGCACAGACCCUCCAUCCUGGGCUGAUUACACUAAGUGAUUGCUAACUCACAUGUCUCUGGGAUGGAGCACCCAGGAAACAAGCAAAGUGGUGGAGCAGCAAGUCAGGUGAUGUGGAGCCCAGAGGUCAGGGAUGGCUAUCUCUCUAGGGUCCACUUGCCCUUGUGAGACACUUUAUCCCAGCACUUUAGGAAUGCUGAGGUCAUACCAGCCACAUCUCAUGUGCAAGAUUGCCCAGCAGAGAUCAGGUCCGAGAGUUCCCUUUUUAAAAAAAGGAGAUUUGCUUAAAAAAAGAAGUCUAGCCAUGUUUGUGUAGAGCAGCUGUGCUGUGCUGGGGGUUCACUUUUGAGAGAGUUCUCCUCUGAGACCUGAUCUCUGGAGGCUGGGCAGUCUUGCACUUGAGAUGGGGCUGGUCUGAUCUCAGCACUCCUUAGUCUGCUCGCCUCUCCCAUGGCCCCAGCCUGGCCACACCUGCUUAUGGGGCACUCUUAGAUGCCCACACCAUAGCUUCCAUGCUGGUGGACUGUACCAUAUCAGUGGAGAGCUGCAGCAAGGUGGCCCCUACAGCCACGCAGCAGCCUGCACAUUGCCUCUCCGUACGGCAGCCCUUUAUUUGGAAACUUCCUAAAUCACUUUGCUGUGUGUGUUUACACGGGUGGGUUUUGCUUUACUUGCCCUGAGAGCACACGGGAGUGCAGCACACACCCCAACCCACAUCAACUGCCAUUAAAGAAAAAAAAUUUCAGCCCAGAAUUUCAUGUCCAGCAAAAUUAAGCAUCAUAAGUGAAGGAGAAAUAAGAUCCUUUUCAGACAAGCAAAUGCUGAGGGAAUUUGGUAUCACCAGAUCUAGCUUACGAGAGCUCCUGAAGGAAGCACUAAAUAUGGAAAGAAAAGAUCAUCACCUGCCACUACAAAAACACACUGAAGUACACAGUCCAAUGCUGCUAAAAACCGACCACAUAUGUAAGUCUGCAAAAUAACCAGCUGACGGCAUGACGACAGGAUCAAAUCCACACAUACCAUUACUAACCUUAAAUGUAAAUGGGCUAAAUGCUCCCAUUGAAAGACACGGGGCAAGCUGGGUAAAGAACCAAGACCCACUGUAAUAUGCCAUCUUCAAGCAACCCAUCUCAUGUGCAGUGCCAUACAUAGGCUCAAAAUAAAGGAAUGGAGAAAAAUAUUUCAAGCAAAUGGAAAACAGAAAAAAGGUGUUGCACUCCCAGUUUCUGACAAAACAGACUAUACCAAUAAAGAUAAAAAAAGAGAAGGACAUUACAAAGGUGGUCCUGACCUUUGAUAAAUCUCAUUAUUACUUGAUACCAACCUGGGCUAUUUUUAUUGCCAAAACCAAUAGGAUAAUUUGCUGAGGUUGUGGAGCUUCUCCCCUUCAGAGAGUCCCUGAUCUCCCAAAAUUUGGUUGUGAUGUAAGGUUGAUUUUGCUGUACAACUCCUUUUUUGAACAUUUUACUCAUUUCCAACAAGGAAGGCAAGUUUUCCUGCUUCCAUGACAAAGGAGAGCAGGCACCUCCUUUCCUGAGUUUCAGCUUGCUUCUGACAGGGAAGGUGAGUGUAAGUUUUUCCAGCUUCUAAGAUGGCAGAGAAUGAUCACCCACUCUGAGCCUUAUUUCCAGGUAAGUAGCUGAAUUAGAGUUUUGUCUUAAAAUUUUUCCUUAAUGACUAAAAUUUAAGAUUACCCACCAGCUGCUUUUAAUUCCUCCUUACCAUUAGAACACUCAGUUAAUCAUAUGAAUUGUGUGUUUGUUUGUUUUGCCUAACUCUUUUUGUUUAUGUUUGGGGUUUUAUUGUUGUUUCAUUUUUCUCCCAUCUCUUCCUGACUUCGUCAAAUCCAAAGGAAUGUUCCAAAUUGUGGGGAGCAAGGCAUCUGAUUUGGCUAAAACCCCUGUGGCUGCAAAAAAAACAAAAACAAAAAACAAAACAAAAAACAAAAAACAAAAAAAAACAAAAAAAACCCCACAAAAAACAAAAAACCAAAA